CCCCUUUGCGUCUCGGCCGGAGGACCGGGAGGGAGGGCAAGGUCCGGUACUGAUGGAUCGGCUCCAAACUUGCAGGCGCGCACCUUUGGGGAGGGGGCGGCCGUGACCCUGGGCCCCACGGCCUGCCAGCCCCUCCGGCUCCCGGGGAGGAGGAGACCCGGGGGUCCUGUGCGGGAGGAGGAGGAGGAAGGAGGUCCGUCUCCAUCUUCCCGGGCUUUCGGGUGUCCAGCGGUGGGCCCCAGGCUGGCCGGCCCCUCCGGAGCAUGUCCGCCCUCCGCAGGAAAUUUGGCGACGACUACCAGGUGGUGACCACCUCGUCCAGCGGGUCGGGGUUGCGGCCGGCCGGUGUCCCGCCGUGCCCGCCGCGCAGGAAAAGGCAGCGCUUCGUGGACAAGAACGGGCGCUGCAACGUGCAGCAUGGCAACCUGGGCAGCGAGACCAGCCGCUACCUGUCCGACCUCUUCACCACCCUGGUGGACCUCAAGUGGCGCUGGAACCUGUCCAUCUUCAUCCUCACCUACACCGUGGCCUGGCUGUUCAUGGCCUCCAUGUGGUGGGCCAUCGCCUACACGCGCGGGGACCUGAGCCAGGCCCACGCGGGCAACUACACGCCCUGCGUGGCCAACGUCUACAACUUCCCCUCGGCCUUCCUCUUCUUCAUCGAGACGGAGGCCACCAUCGGCUACGGCUACCGCUACAUCACCGACAAGUGCCCCGAGGGCAUCAUCCUCUUCCUCUUCCAGUCCAUCCUGGGCUCCAUCGUGGACGCCUUCCUCAUCGGCUGCAUGUUCAUCAAGAUGUCCCAGCCCAAGAAACGGGCGGAGACGCUCAUGUUCAGCGAGCACGCGGUCAUCUCCAUGCGCGACGGCCGGCUGACGCUCAUGUUCCGGGUGGGCAACCUCAGGAACAGCCACAUGGUCUCCGCUCAGAUCCGCUGCAAGCUGCUCAAAUCUCGGCAGACACCUGAGGGUGAGUUCCUCCCCCUCGAUCAACUUGAACUGGAUGUAGGUUUUAGUACAGGGGCCGACCAACUUUUUCUUGUUUCCCCACUCACGAUCUGCCAUGUGAUCGAUGCCAAAAGCCCCUUCUAUGACCUUUCCCAACGCAGCAUGCAAACUGAACAGUUUGAGAUUGUCGUCAUCCUAGAGGGCAUUGUGGAAACCACCGGGAUGACAUGUCAAGCCCGGACCUCAUACACUGAAGAUGAAGUCCUCUGGGGCCACAGGUUUUUCCCGGUCAUUUCCCUAGAGGAGGGAUUCUUUAAGGUGGACUACUCCCAGUUCCAUGCCACCUUCGAAGUCCCCACCCCUCCUUACAGCGUGAAGGAGCAGGAGGAGAUGUUUCUGCUGUCGUCCCCGCUAAUAGCCCCCGCCAUAAGCAACAGCAAGGACAGGAAUCACUCAGUUGAGUGUCUCGACGGGCUCGAUGACGUGGGCGCUAAGCUCCCUUCCAAACUGCAGAAAAUGACGGGGAGAGAAGACUUCCCCAAAAAACUCCUGAGGAUGAGCUCCACCACGUCGGAAAAGGCCUACAGCCUGGGGGACUUGCCCAUGAAGCUGCAGCGAAUAAGCUCGGUCCCCGGCAACUCGGAGGAAAAACUGGGGUCUAAGACGACCAAGAUGCUGUCCGACCCCAUAAGUCAGUCGGUGGCGGACCUACCGCCCAAGCUCCAAAAGAUGUCAGGUGGGGCGGCGAGAAUGGAGGGCAACCUCCCGGCCAAGUUACGGAAAAUGAACUCCGACCGCUUCACAUAACGAGAGUCUCCGCCGCCCCCGCAGGCCUGACUUCCCGUCCUGGUUUUCGCAGCGGUCCGGUGUGUGGGUGAGCAGGUAGUUCUCGCUCCAAGGGACGAGUCCAUUGGGAAAGGGGGAACUGACUUAUCCUGAAUUCUACCUGCUCACCGGCAGCAUUGCCCUCUCCGGGCACAGCGGCUGCCCGUAGGGUCGGCGGUGGGGCAGAGAGAACGAUUAUUACCUGGCAUGUAGUAUCCCAUUGAGCAUGCAAUAAUAGUGUGCGAAUUUUGCAUAUAGUUUUACGGCAUGAUUCUCCUAUUUAUAUUGUAUAUUCUGAAAGAUAUUCAAAGGUGGGGAGUCCUCUUCCCUCUAUUUCUAAGGUAAGCAAAAUAUAAGAAAGAGUGAAUAGCUUUCAGGCCAAAUACCAAUUUCAGUUAAAAAAAAAAAAAAUAUAUAUAUAUAUACACACACACAAACAUAUAU